AUGAGGACCAGAAGUUCUGGUCCAGCAAAGGACCCCAUCACUGGAGAGAUUUUCCCAGAUCCACUACAGAGCACCAUUCCAGCUUUCAUCCACAAACCCGUGCCUUUCAACCCGUUUCCCGAGUCGGCAUUUCCGACCCUUGAAUUUCCUAUUCCACCAGAACGACACGAGCGGGCUCGUCGUAUAGCUCGUGGCAAUCGAGGACGUCUGAUGACCCCUCGUCGAAGUGGUUCUCCGAGCUCAGUCGCCAACAGCCAACCUGGACUUCAAGGAGUGAGUCCACUUGCACAAGGGAUCACUCCUUCACAAGGACUCACUCGAAGCAUGAGCCCUCAACUGGACGAGAUCGCGUCCAUUUUAAGAAACCAGCCUCUAUUCACCGGAUGUACCUCCCACGAUAAGCCUGGAGCAUUCGAUAAUAAUCCAUAUUGGGAAGACGGUAAUGAGCUGCACCCACUGGUGCCUACUACUAUGGAGAAGAAAUAUGCCGUUAUUCCUGCCUGGUCUGACCUCACUCCCGGCGUCCAGAUCAUGGCUAUGAGCGAAAUGGUGCUCUCUUUCGGGCUCAAAAACGCGCCAAAAUUUCUCGAACUGGAACCUGAAGAGAUUAACCGGUUUGUCGACCUACAAGAGCGCGAGGUUCAAGCACAAGCGGCCGAAGAAGAGAGGGCAAAGCAGUAUCUCAACCAAAGUUUUCAAGAAAUGUUGGCGGGGAAGCUAGAUGGCUCGAAUACCAUGGAACUUCUCGAUCUGCAGUUUUCCAAUGGAUCAAUAUGGGAACCAGCAACAUUCGCCAUGAAAAGGGUGGAUUUAAAGGCUGGAUCACGCUUUCUGCGAAGCCUUGGCUUCGAAGACGAGUCCAUAAGACUGUGGCAGUAUCAUGGAAUGGAUGUUAGCAUUAAGUAUGAGUCUGAUGAUUCAAACUCAGCCGCGACCAAUGAUCCCCAAGGAGAUUCCUCUCCAAAGAUAGAGCGUCACACGAGUCAACCCGGCAACGAAAUUACUGUUCAACCAGACGAGCCAGAGAAUCUCGGGGUUGAAGCCGAACCCAGCCGUCACUUCGUACCAAAAGCUACACGCAACCUCCUCCUUGAUAAAGUUAUGAGGCCGAAGAAGUCCAGACCACCAAAGAGGAAGCAAGUAUCAUUUGGAUUGGAGCCCUAUAGUCCUGCUCGCACACCUAGCAAGCUGCGCAUGUCCAUUUCAGUGGAUGAAAUACAGACCGACGAGGCGUCCGAUGAAGAUGAAGAGGCAAGUCCUGUCAAGGCCAGAGUUGCACGCCAGGUUCCAACUGGGACCGACCUGUCCAAGGCUGUGAAAUACACGAGGCCGACGAGACAAUGGGCUGAUCUGCCUAAUACUGGACGGGGUUCGAAGGAACAGCACAUUCGGAAGCAGAGGCAAAUAACGUCGCCACUGAAACAGACGAGUUAUGUUGACCUGACCGAACUUGAGCCUGACUCGCCAGUAACCCCGGAGAAGCAGAAAUAUCAGAAUGACGCCUACCUUCAAGCACCAUCCGAGAACGUUUGGUUUGCACCCGUUCGGGGGAGGUCAAGAAUGCCGGUCGCAAGAGAAAUGAUGAGCGAGCCCCUCCGCGAGGCCGACUAUCCAAGUCUCCCAGUGGUAAAGAACGUCGCAGGAUUUGCAAAUCCUCUCCUCGCCGCUAAAUGGGCCAAAUUCCCCAAACCAAACGACAACCCCAAGUUCGACGAACCGACAAAGGUACCACCAGUUCUAAGACGUCGCUCGGCACUGGGUUUUGGGGCCAUUGGGUCGGACAGUCCCCCAGGCAAGGAAUCUCUCCCCGGUUCAUCGGUGCAGUAUAUGGAUGAGACGCCAAGAUCAAAGCGGAAGACAAUGACCAGCGAUGAGCUACCUAGCCCAUUUGACGCAUCAACGCCAGACCGUGGAAGCAACGGGCGGAAAUGGAAGGAAGGAACGGUGGUUAGGACCAGACAGUUGAGCAUGCAGGAGCAAUAUGUCGCAGACGAAGUCGUACCAUCGACGCCGCGCCGUGCGAACAACGGACAGAAAUGGAAGGAGGGCACGGUGGUCAGGACAAGACAAUUGAGCAUGCAGGAAAAAGAUGUCGCAGACGAAGAUGUACCAUCGACGCCGCGCCCUGCAAACAACGGGCAGAAAUGGAAGCAAGGCACGGUGGUUAGGACUAGGCAGCUGAGCAUCCAGGAGCAAUAUAUCGCCGACGAAGAUGUACCAAUUGAAAUGCUGGAUGCAGGGGAACAAAUUCUGAUGACCCGGCCACGGAUCGCUGCAAGGGGGACAAGAAAGAGUAGUGGGCUCGCGACAACUGGGGAAGGGAGGAAUGGUAGAGGAGAAGGAACAAGAAAGAACAGUGGGCUCGCAACAAAUGAAGAAGGAGGGAAUGGUAAAGGAGAAGGAACAAGAAAGAACAGUGGGCUUGCGACUAUUGGGGAAGGAAGGAAUGGUAAAGGAGACGGAACAAGAAAGAACAGUGGAGUCGCGACAACCACCGGAGAAGGAAGGAAUGGCAGAGGAGAGGUAACAAGAGGAAGACCGGAGAGGAGAUUCUAUGUCCCGAGGCACCUUAUGGAUGACCCAGACCCAGAGGAUGAAGAUGAAGAUGAGUAA